AUGUAAUAGGGUGAAUAAUUGAUUUCUGAUAUUCAAAAUUAACAAGGAUAAGCUUAUUUUGAAAAUAUCAAGGCAGAUGAAGACUUAUAAAAUAGAUAAAAACUUAAUUAAACAAAAUAGAAAUUGUAAAAGAUUUAUUAGGAAUGCAAAUGCUCAUCUUGCUAAUUAUUAUUUGAAGAGCCUGUUACGAUAGUUUGUGGUCAUACAUUUUGCAGAGAAUGUAUUAUUCGAUCAAUUUAACUUAAACCUCAAUGUCCAGAAUGCUUGUAUACAUAUUGUUAGUUAAUUAGAUAUCCUAUAACUAAUGUCAUCAAAAAUAUUCAAGAAAAUUUCUUAGUUAAAUCUGUUGUUAAAGAAAUUAAUGAACUAUUUGUUGAAAAAGAUCUAAAAAAAGCUAAACCUAGAUUAUUUGAUCAAAUUAUUGCAAAAAAAAUUUCAGAAAAUAUUAUACAACAAUUUUUAAUCUUUGAAACUAAUUCAUUCAUCAUUCCAUAUACAAAUUAAACUUUAAGUCUCAAUAUUGAUCAAUUUAAAGAUUUAAAUGAAGACUAAAUAUAUAAAAUCUUAAAGAGAGAUUCAUUGAUAUUACUUACAAAUCCAAAUAAAAAUAAAUAAAUUUAAGAUGUAAAGUUUUUUUAAUUAUUUUUAACAGAAUGCUACUCUAGUGAAUGUUAUAAAAGCUGAGAAGAAAUCUAAGAUAAUUGAUUUAAGCGUUUAAGUUAAAUAAUAAAUGAAAGUUUUAAAAAUAACAUAGGAUAAAUUUAGAAUAGAAAAAGAAAUUUAAUUAAAUGUAGCAAAGGUAAGAGAGAUUAAUGAAGAACCAAUUAUUUUCAAUUUUUAGACUGAUUAAUAGAUUAAAUAUUUAAUAGACACUAUAAAAUAAUAAUUGGCUUCUCAUUUACCUCAUAAAAUUGAUUCAUAUACUGCUAAACAUUUUGAAUAGUUUUUCCACAGACUUUAAUUAUUUCAAAUACUUAAUAGUAACAUUAUAAGAAAUGAAAAAGCCUUAAAACAUAUAAGUUUCGUAAUUCCCUCAAUCUUACAUUUAACCGAUCAAGAGAGAACAAGAAUUUUCAAUGCCAACAAUAGUCUUGAGAGAUUAAUUUAAAUUUCUGUAAUACUGUAAAGAUUCUAAAAUAUUACAAAUCCAUUAAUGGUUUUCAAAAUUCCAGGAGAUAAAGAAAGAAUCAAUAAUAAAACUGAAUUUAUAAUCAUUGUUCUAUUAUUGGUUUUUGCAUUUUAUUAUAGAGUUAUUGGAAUCUGA